AUGUAUCUGCGCGCAGUCCACGCAGAGAACUCAACCAAAGCUCUACUCGAGUUCAUCAAAUCAAACCCACUAGGAGUCAUCACAACGGCCAUCCCAUCAUCAAACUUCCAUUUCAUCCAAUCCAGCCAUGUCCCCUGGGUCCUAGAUGAAGUCUCUGAUUCUGAUGAUCCCGACGCCCCAAUAAAAGGCCAUCUACGCGGCCACAUGGCCAGACAAAAUCCACAAUCAAAAGCCAUGAUCGAGACUCUAAGCAGUUCCUCCACUGGUUCAACAAAGCUAGAACAAGAAGUCAUGAUCCUAUUCACAGGCCGCCAUGAUCACUACGUGACGCCGAAGUUCUAUACUGAAACUAAGCCCGCAACGGCAAAGGUCGUUCCCACCUGGAACUAUUCUGCUGUACAGGUUUAUGGAAAAGCAACAGUUUACUAUGACUCGGCUAAACCUGAGACCUCUGCUUAUUUGUCGAAGCAAAUUCGUGAUCUGUCGCGGAUGUGCGAGACAGGUAUCAUGGGGUAUACGGGGCAGAAUGGAAAAUCGGGGCCUUGGGCUGUGGAUGAUGCUCCGGAACGGUAUAUUGAUAUUAUGCAGAAGAAUAUUAUUGGGAUUGAGGUGUCUAUUGAGAAGAUUGGGGGGAAGCAUAAGAUGAGUCAGGAGUUGGGGAAUGGUGAUCGCCAAGGUGUGAUUGAGGGGUUCAAUAAUUUGGGAUCAGAGACUGGGAUUUGUAUGGCGGAGUCGGUUAAGAAGUGUGGGGAGAUGAAGGAUGCGACUAAGGAAUGA